UGCUUCAUAGUAAAGUGCUCUCCGUCUGUUCUGGGCGGUCAUCUUCAGUAUGGCAGGUGAAAAUGGAAGGGGACACCGGUCACGUCAAAAUGUGGCAGUCCUAUUGGUCCUGUGCGCUUUGGCCCCGAGUUUAACUUGCUUUAGCUUGCGAGGGCUGAGCAAAAGAGUUAAGCAGGGCAAGGUAGUUGAUGAGGCUACAGUGACGGACAUAAGGACAGGAAGCAUUCUCUUCAAUGGAAAAGAGCUUAAUUCCCGGUCAGGGUCCGCCUCUGCAGCUACCACAGGAAAGGAUGAAUUGCUGCAUGUUGAGUCGGAUCAAUCAGAUGGCACAGGUUGGUCAAGUGGACGAAGGCAAGAUAUGGAUUCUAGGGAAGCAUCAUGGAGGCGCAUGGCAUCUUCUCUGCAGUGUGGUGGGGACCAUUUGAAAUUCAGAGCAGUGGGACCGGGAGCUUCACAAUUUGUAGUGGAACAAGGAAAUGCACCUCCAAUGCCUCUGUCCCAGGUCCCUUCCACCUGUGGCUACAACAUACAGAGAAACUCCCUUGCACUUGUUAUGUUGGUUCCCUAUGAUGGCUGCAACAUGGUUCAAGAGGGUGGAAGUUAUGUGCUCCCAAUGCGUUGGCAGGGAGUUCCAGUGUUACUCAGGUGUCCCAAAACCACAACUGCUGCGCCAACCACAACUACUGUGCCAGUCAGAACUACUGCGCCAACAACAAAGACCCCUGAAAUGCCUCACUUUCCGCAAUACCCCUUUUUCCCCCCUUUUUAUCCUUACUUUACUCCCCCUGCUCCAACCACGACUGCUGCUGCUCCAACCACGACUGCUGCUGCUCCAACCACAAAGACACCUGAAAUGCCUCACUUUCCGCAAUACCCCUUUUUCCCCCCUUAUUAUCCUUACUUUACUCCCCCUGCUCCAACCACGACUGCUGCUGCUCCAACCACGACUGCUGCUGCUCCAACCACGACUGCUGCUGCUCCAACCACGACUGCUGCUGCAUCAACCACAAAGACACCUGAAAUGCCUCACUUUCCGCAAUACCCCCUUUUCCCCCCUUUUUAUCCUUACUUUACUCCCCCUCCUGCAACCACAGCUGCUACUGCUGCAUCAACCACAAAGACACCUAAAAUGCCUCACUUUCCGCAAUACCCCCUUUUCCCCCCUUUUUAUCCUUACUUUCCUCCCCCUCCGCCAACCACAACUGCUGCUGCGCCAACCACAACUGCUGCACCGACUACCACUGCAAAGCCAGCAGCCACAGCUCUUCCUCAGUUUCCUUUUCCUCUAUACCCACCUUACUUCACUAAAUUUCCUUGGCACUUCCGAUAGCCUCUACCAGCAACUGCUGUUUCCACCACGUGCCUUUCUCUCAUAUCCUCUUUCCCUCACUAGUCCCAAUAUCCAACCCCCUAAGCCAGAAACGCCAACUACCUCAACUAAGUAAACAGACCUCCCACUGACUCAAUCACUGCCGGACCAUUACCCUUGACCUUCCAUUUAUGCCCCUCCCCCUUAUUCUAGCCUGCUGAACCUGUUUGAAUAAAUGGUUUGAAAAACA